UCCAGGGAUGGUGUCACUGGAGGACGUGGCUGUGAGCUUCACCUGGGAGGAGUGGCAGGACCUGGAUGACACUCAGAGGACCCUGUACCGGGAUGUGAUGCUGGAGACCUACAGGACCCUGGUGUCCCUGGGACUUUGUGUUAUGAACCCUGAGGUGAUCAUCAGGUUGGAAGCAGAAGCACCACCAACUGCCGCGAGCCCCACAGAGCAGAGUUUCUCAGGUGAGCAGCCUUUUGAAUAUUUGAAGACCUGUGACAAUACUGCCGUUGAUACUCCCGUUCAGAAAACUGUUACAGGGGAGAAAAUUUAUGACUAUGAGAAGAGUCUGGAAUCAUUAUCCUGGAAGUCAACCAUCAGCCUUGAUGGUCAGCAAAUCCACACAGGUGUGAAACACUACGAGUACAAAGAAGUUUGCCGUAAACUGCACAUCUCUCUACCUUUAUCGCGGUGGAUCCUGUAUGUUGCCUCUGGCCAGGACAUUUUAAAAUUUUUCAUUCAUCUGUGCCUACAAAAGCAGGGCAUAGGCUAGAGACACCCUGUCUGGGAGGACUCAUGUGACACAGAGCAGUGAGCACAACAGGCGGACUUACUGCCACACUGCUGAGGGGGCAGCGGGGAGACAGGAGAGGUCUGCUAUGAUCAUGGGUCACUCCCUGGCCGGGCUGGAACACUGGCUUUGGUGGUGAUAGUGCUGAGACCUAGGCCACCAGGAGUUUCCUGGCAAAUAUGCUCAUAUCCUGAAGUGAUAACCUCUCAGCGUCUAAGGGGAAGACAGUCUCCCCAGGAACAGGAUGCUGCCAGAAGGAUUGUGACGGAUCAUGAAAAUGAAGGGG